GUGCAAAACCCGUUUACCCCACUGUAGGAGAACUCUUCUCUGCUCGAGAUCCAACUCCCCGCGACCCCAGCCGUCACCGGAGAAGCAACGAGAUGCACGGCCAGCCCCGCCGGCCGAAGCAGCCGGAGGACGACGCGGCGGCGGCGGCGAAGGCCGCCAAGCUCCGGGAACUCCAGGUCCAGGUCCUCCACAACCACCACACCUACACGUACACUGAGGAGGCGCUGGGGCUGAGCUUCAAGCUUCUCGAGAUAAACCCGGAGGCCUACACGGCGUGGAACUACAGGAAGCUCGCGCUGCAGCACAACCUCAAGGAGCUUUCUGACCCAGAGGCCAUCAAGUCUACUGUUGACAACGAGCUCAGAGUAGUGGAGCUUGCUCUGAGGCAGAACCCAAAGUCCUAUGGAGCAUGGUAUCAUCGCAAGUGGUUACUGAACCAAAAGCUUGCCCCUGUGGAUUUCAAGCGUGAAUACGGCCUCUUGGAUAAACUGUUGAAGGUGGAUGCGAGGAAUUUCCACGGAUGGAAUUACCGCAGGUUCCUUGCAAAAUUUAUGGGAGUGCCAGAAGAGAAAGAGCUUCAGUACACAAUGGAUAAGAUCAGUGAAAAUUUCAGUAAUUACUCAGCAUGGCAUAAUCGUAGUAUACUUCUGUCCAAUCUGCUAAUCCAACGAAGUGAAGGUUUUGAGUCAAAGCAGAAGAUCUUUUCAGAGGAGUUUGAACUUGUGAUUCAGGCACUUUUCACAGACCCUAGUGACCAAAGCGGUUGGUUCUAUCACCUCUGGCUUUUAGCUCAGACAUCUACCCCUGAUAACCCACAGCUGAUUUCAUCUUGGCCUUCUAAUGGUGCAAAGCUCAGUUUAUGUUCGGCCAGGAAAAAUGAGGACCAGAACAUGGUGUCUUCCCCGAGCUCCAUUUGUUGUUACUCUUUGAAGGAAGGGAUUAUACCCAUUGUGCUUUAUUUCAAUGAUCCCGUCAAAGGAUUAAAUCCAACAAAUGUGAAGUUAAAUUCUGAUUUUGUGUUUGAUAAGGAUCUUCAAUGGAGGCCCCUCGUGAUAACCGACUCCGGGUAUUCCAAUUGUUGGGCCACAUAUCUUGAAAUUAGAAACAAAGAUUGUAGCACUUCACAGCAAUUUUCUGUUGAAGUAAGCAUACCCUGCCCAGAUGAUAUCAUGUCAAGAAGUGGCUCUCACUGCAAUUGCCCUGUACAUUUUACAUUUACCAUUGAACUGGGCAACAAUAAUGACGAAGCACAUGAUACCGAUUUGUUUCAUGACCCAAUCUCCUGGAGUAGCUCAGAAUCAUUCCAGUCUCAUGGGAAACCCAGCUGUGUUGCUUUUGAUCAGCUAAAUAUCACUAGUGCCUUGGUUCAAGAGGAGUCAAGAUGGAAUUUGGAUAGACUAUCUGAUGAAAUCGACCUUUUCAGAGAUUUACCUGAUGAGAAUAGUAAAUUUGCGAAGUUGACACUAGCACGGCUAUUGCUUGCUUGCGCUGCAAUAAAGUCCCGAGGAAGUUCUUUGAUUGAAAGGAAGGGAUAUUGCGAAGAGGCGCUAGGGUUCUUCAGUGACUUGAUUAAUUUGGAUCCUUCUCAUAAAAGGUAUUAUGAAGAUGAGCGGAGCUUAGUCCUAAUGGAUCAGCUAACAUGUGACAUGGAGACUUUCAUGAAGUACUGUUCAGUCCAAGUUAGAUCAAAUUCAGCCACAUUAAACCAUGUGCAACUUUGCAGAUUGUCUUUAACACGCAUUGGAUUUACUGAACGCAUGUUGUGGGUUCAAAUGCUGGACCUAAGCCAUAAUAAGCUCAGAUCCAUUGAAGGUUUGGAGGCCUUGCAGCAGCUUGUGUGCCUGAACAUCAGCAACAACCAGAUCAGCAGUUUCACGUCACUCGAACCCCUGACCAAGAUAGUUUCCUUGAAAGCGUUGGAUUUGUCUUUCAAUGAGAUCGGAGCUCACCCGAUCGACACAACACGGUAUAUGUGCUCAUCUCCGUUUUCACACAAAGUCGAACGGUGCGAAGCCUUCGAGGAGUGCCGAAAGAAAAGCGUCAACGUGGAGGAGUUCUGGGACGCCAUACUCUUCUUCAAAUCCGUGAACCUGGUGCAGCUUGACAUCAAGGGAAAUGCGGUCGCGGACAAGGAUAGCUUCACCACUGUUGUGAUGACCCUCAGCCCUUCUCUCAAGUGGCUCGACGGCACAUGUAUCCAUUAGCCGUUCAUCGGAGAGUGGAACUUGUGAUAGAAUGGGGAAAGUAAACGCUGUAUACUGCUAUUUUCCCUAGCUGCCAUUGUCUGAUUCAUGUAUUAUUACAGUUAAGCAGCUCUUGAGAGACUAAUACAAUCACACAAGUAUUCCUUA